AUUACGCAAGUGAUAUUCUACUGGAGAGGUAUUUGUAAACAUGUUUUCUGUGAACAAGCGUGUAUUUUCACUCAACAACGUAAAUCGAUUUAUUUUUAAAUGUUCAAAAUCCACACAUACUGCUACUGAAGCAGAAAAUUCACCACUACAUGGAAUAAGAAUCCUGGACCUGACGAGAAUAGUCGCUGGACCAUAUUGUACUAUGAUUUUAAGUGACCUGGGGGCAGAAGUCUUGAAAAUAGAAAGGCCUGGAGCAGGUGACGAAGCCAGAAAAUGGGGACCGCCGUUUAUAAAUAAUACAACUGAAACUUGUUAUUUUGUUGCUGUUAAUCGGAACAAAAAGAGUGUUUGUAUUGAUUUGAAAAGCUCAGAAGGUAGAGACAUAAUUUAUAACUUGGCAGAAAAAAGUGAUGUUCUUGUUGAAAAUUAUGUCCCGGGCAAAUUAGAAGAAUUAAAACUUGGAUAUGGUGAUUUAAAAAAAGUAGCACCGCACUUGAUCUACUGUUCGAUAACGGGGUAUGGUUCAGAAGGGCCUUAUAAAAAUAAACCAGGGUACGAUGUUAUAGCUGCCUCUAUGGGAGGAUUAUUGCAUAUAACGGGUCCUAAGGAUGGAGAACCGGUUAAGGUUGGGGUUGCUGUUACAGACUUAAUUACAGGUUUAUACGCCCAUGGUGCAAUCAUGGCCGCUCUAAUAAAACGAUUCAAGACUGGCCAAGGACAGAAAAUCGACUGCAACCUCCUUUCAGCUCAAGUCGCUAGUUUGAUAAACAUUGGUUCCAAUUACCUGAAUGCUGGUAAAGAAGCUACCAGACAGGGCACUGCCCAUGCAAGUAUUGUGCCUUACGAAGCAUUCCCAUCCAAAGACGGAUAUUUCACCAUUGGAGCUGGCUCCGACUUACAAUUCACUGAUUUUUGUAACAGAAUUGGGAAAGCCGAUCUGUCAAAAAAUAAAAAGUUCCAAACAAAUAAGCUUAGAGUUGAGAACAGGGAAGAGCUCGUAGGCAUUUUACGUUCAGUUUUGAAAACUAAAACUAACAAGGAAUGGACUGAAAUUUUCGAAGGUAGUGCGUUUCCUUGCGGACCUGUAAACUCAUUAAGAGAAACGUUUGAGGACCCACAUAUUAGAGCAAUAAAUCUAGUAAAAACUGUAAAACAUCCUAUUGCUGGAGACGUUAAAGUAGUUGGUCCCCCUGUUAGCUAUAGUGAAAGCGGCAACUUUGUCAGAUUACCUCCUCCGACCUUAGGUCAACACACGGUGGAAGUUUUGAAAGAAAUCUUAGGUUUCAGUGAGGAAAAAAUAAAUUUGUUGAAAGGAAAAAAUAUUGUGCAUUGAAACCAAAAAAAGAUGGCCUAUUUUUUAGGAAUCUUAAUUUUAAAUAUAUUUUUAUAUGAUAUAGAAUUGAAUAAAGGCUAUUUUCAUACCUGAUAUACAAAAUUGAAAAUUUGUUUUACUCUUU